AUGAGGCAGAGCCGCAGAGACAGUGCGGCUCUGUCUCGUCUCCGUCGUCGGAGCAGCAUCUCUUACCAGUGUCCCUCUUCACUGUCUAUUGUCUCCUUAGGGGCCCAAGGGGGCCCCUCAAGCCUCUCCAGUGGUGUUAGCAGCAGUAACUGCACGUCUAGCAAUGGGGCUGUUGCAUGCGCCCGCUGUCUCAGCCGCCGGGUUGCUGACCCGGGGGUCUCUAAUACCAAUUUAAUUAGAAGUAUUUCUUCAAGAUCUCGUGUUGCCUUUCAUUCUAAAGAACAACCAAACAGCUGUCCUGCUGAGGCCCCACACUGGACAGAACGCAGCAGCAGCAGCACCAGCGGCAGCAGUAGCAGCAGCAGCAGCACCAGCGGCAGCACUAGCAGCAGCAGCAGCAGCAGCGGCAGCAGUUGUGCGCUCCCGCACUGCCUCAAAAUGUCGACCCGGGGCCCCCUUCGUCGAGUGUCUCCUCCAGGCCCGUGGGGGCUUUCAUUGCUUGUGGGGCUGUGGCUCGCACUAUGCGGCUUCAGAGGAGAGUAUGCAUAUGCGGAGGAGACAGCAGCAGCUGCAGAGAGAGCAGCAGCAGCAACUACUGCUGCGGGGACUGACUGUCCCCUCAUGGACUCCAGCUGUCUCCUCAACUACACUGUCGCAGCCCCUGACUACUUCUACCGAAGGCGUCUAGAGGCUCCCGCUUCCCCAAUAGCCAUUCGGGAGCCCUCCGACCAGCAGCAACAAGAACAGCAGCACCAGCAGCAGCAGCAACAGCAGCCGCAGCAGCAGUCUAAUCCGUUAUUAAGUGAGUCAGAGGUGUUUGAGUUUGCGGUGCGUCGACUGCAAGGAAUGGGGUCUUUGUUUGCUUCACCUCGUCCGGGGUCUUCUGGGGGUCCUUCAUCUUCUUUAGGGGAAGGGGGAGGUGUGGGGCGUCGCCGAUCCCAGCAGCAACAGUCUUCUUCUUCUUCGUCUUCUUCUUCUUCUUCUUCUGCUUCUUCAUCUCUACCUCUUGAAUUAGGAGAUCCAUUAGAAGGAGCAUCAGGAGGGGGUAGUGUUGGUGGUGGUUCUCGUCCUUUAUUAGAGAGUAAUGGGUUGAUAUGUGAAGAUGAUGAAAGAGUAGAGGACUUUGGAGUGAAGUGUCGUCUGAUUGCACGAUCUUUAGGGGGUCGUUUAGGGUGUGAGAAGAGAUUAAUAGAUAUAUCACCAGACGGAAGAUUACCUGCAAAUAUCCCUGUGUUUAGCAGAGUAGCAGAUGCUUGUCCUAUGACAUGUGGCGUCACAUGUGGGGGCCCCGGCAUUGAACGUAGAAAAAGAGAAGUCCGCAGCAGAGCUAAACAAGGGGGGGCCCCCUGCCCUAAGCUUGAGGAAGUAAUGCUUGCGUCGAUGUGUAGGUCUGAAGUUCCUCUGUCCCCUUGUGUCUUUAUUUUUCUGUCUCUGUCUCCUUUUGUCUUCACAGGAGACAAGACAAGGCUGCAACGCAGACGUACCCUGCCCCAGCCACUGUCAAGUGGGCCAAUGGACCGAGUGGUCCGCCUGCUCCCACCCUUGUGGGCCUGGAGUCAGCAAGAGAGAAAGACCAGUGCUGCAGGAACCAGACACAGAAGGCAAGCUUCUGCUGCUGCUGCUACUGCUGCUGUUCCUGCUGCUGAAGUUUCUGCUCUUGCUGCUGCUGCUGCUACUGCUGCUGUUCCUGCGGCUGAAGGUGCUGCUAUUGCUGCUGCUAGUGCAUCUGCUGCGGCUGAGAGUGCUGCUACUGCUGCUGCUGCGGAUGAGGGUGCUGCUGCUGCUGCUGCUGCUCCGGCUGAGGGUCAAGAGUGCCCCGAACUGCAGCAGGAGCGCCGCUGCUACCUGAGUGCAUGCGCCUCUGAUUGCAUAGUGAGCGAGUGGACAGAAUGGUCUGCAUGCGGGGCUUCUUGCGGAGGGGGUCAGCAGACAAGACAGCGAAGUGUGUUGUCUCCUCCUGUAGAAGAUGGGGCUGCAUGCCCUCAGCUAUUGGAGACACGAGAAUGUAACACCUUCUCUUGUGAUGGUGGCUGUCAUGUGGGGGAGUGGGGGGAAUGGACGGAGUGCAGCAAACCGUGUGAAGGCGGCAGCAAGACAAGAACAAGAACAGUGCGUGCUCUAGAAGCAGAUACAGACUGUCCCCCGAGCACUCAGACAGCUCCUUGCAAUCUUCAUGACUGCGCUAUUGACUGCGUAGCGUCGGAGUGGAGCCUAUGGACAGCCUGCGAUGUACCCUGCGGUAUUGGGAGCCAAAGGAGACUGCGAGAAGUGCUGCAGGCCCCCAAGGGUGCAGGAGAGAUGUGCCCGCCUCUUGAUCAACUCCGGCCUUGUGAUAAGGGGCCCUGCAAAGUUGACUGUCUCCUUAGUGAUUGGUCAACCUGGAGUGAAUGCUCCCAUCCUUGUGGCCUUGGGGAACAACGCAGAAGCCGUUACGUAAUAGAGGCCCCAUCGGAGACAGGCAAAUCUUGUGGUGCGCUAGAGGAAACAAAACCCUGUGGAGGGCAUUGCCCACCCAAGUGUAUUCUCAGUGACUGGACUGAGUGGGCCUCCUGCAGUGCUCUGUGUCAGCAGGUUGGUGCGACCAACCCCACAACAACGCGUAGUCGUGUGGUGUUGCUGGAGGCCCCUGACUGCCCGAGUGCUUCUAAUUUAACUGAGUCUCUCCUUUGUUCUUCCUUGGGGUUUCGCUGCGACGUUGACUGCCAGGUGACUGCUUGGGGGGAGUGGAGUAGCUGUACAGCCACCUGUGGGGGCGGCCAGCAGCAGCGGCAGCGGUCGGUGGUAAGGCAGCCGGCGAACGGAGGCCGCGAGUGUCCUGUUCUUACUGAGACCCAAGUGUGCGGUUCAUACCCAUGUCCAAGAGACUGCGAGAUGUCUCCUUGGAGCGAGUGGUCUGCAUGCUCCGCCCCAUGUGGGGAGGGACAGAUGCAUCGAUCGCGGCGUAUUACUUCAGCUGCCUCUGUAGACCCCCCAGGCCUUGCAUGCGGCCCCACUCGUGAGGAGGCCUCCUGCUUCUCCCCUGCAGGCCCCUGUCCCUCAGACUGCGAGCUGGGGGAGUGGAGUGAAUGGAGUGAUUGCUCUGCUCUCUGUGGAGGCGGCACGCGUCAGAGGUUCCGCAGUGUGGCGGCGUUUGAGAUAGGGGGGGGCCGGCCUUGUACAGGCAACAAGGAAGAUGCAGAGGCCUGCAAUCUGCAGCCCUGUGCGCCCUCUUGCCCUGUGAGUGACUGGAGUGAAUGGACAGAGUGUUCGUCUAGUUGUAUGCCUGCGGACGGCACUGAGACGACACGCCGCCGCUACAGAGAGGUCUUAAAAGAACCCCCAGCGCAUGCAAAACAUAUAUGCCCCCCUGUAGAAGAAGUUCAAAAAGGUUGUAAUGCAGAUAUACCGUGCCCUAUAGACUGUGCAUACACCCCGUGGACCAGCUGGGGAGAGUGUGAGGGGGAAUGCGACGUGGGUCAGCAGCGGAGAAGCCGCCGCAUUCUUUCCGAGGCAGACUUUGGAGGGGUCCCUUGUGCGGAGACAGAGCAAACUGCAGACUGUGCAUUGGAGACAGUUUGUAUAAGAGACUGUGUCUUAAGCAACUGGUCAGAAUGGGGGCCCUGCAGUGCUACAUGCGGGGGCGGCUACAAACAGAGACACAGAGAGGUGUUGGAGGCUCCAGUGAACGGAGGAGACCCGUGCGGCUCUCUUGAGGAGUUUGAACCUUGUGCAGAAAUUAGUUGUUUCGGUUCCGACUGUAAGGUAUCAGAAUGGAGCGAGUGGGGUGCAUGCAGCAAAGAGUGCGGUGGAGGUGUGCAUACACGCGAGCGGCAGGUGCUGCUGCCUCGCACUGGGAACGGGAUCGACUGUCCCGAGCUGCAGCAGCGCCGGGGCUGCGGCCUCCACCGCUGUCCAGGGGUCCCUUGUGAAGACAGUCCAGAUGUACCUCUGUUGACUGGGGUAGAGUGCAAAGUGCUGCUGGCAAUGGGGUGUCACCGCAGACUGCAAGAGCUAGCGGAGGAGAACAAUCAACCCUUCCCUGAGGACCUUCCCCCGGAAGUACGUGUCAGUGAUGCAUGCCCUAAGACAUGUGGGGUAUGCGCAGAGUGCGCCCCAGGCUGUCAAUUAAGAGACUUAGGAAACAGACACUGCGAUGAACCCUGCAACAACGAGGCUUGUCAAAUGGAUUUAGGCGACUGCGGAGGAGACUGCGCUAUAGGACGGUUGCCACCGGGGCUGAGACUGGAGCCUGCAACUUCUAUGAUGACGGAGGGACAGACUCUGAUAGCGAGUUGCGCAGACCCCGAUAUGCGGCUGUCUCCUUUCUCCUCUAUGAGGCAGCUAGCCAUCACUUGCGUGGGCAAAGGCGAAUUCGCCCUCGAACCUCCGGAUCUUGCUCUAAACAAAGACGAAGAAGAAGGCCUCUUGCUGCCCUCGUGUGCUCCAGAUCCCUGUCCAUUCAUCUCUGUCAGUGGAUUCACUGGGGAAGCCACUCCAUUCAACGGCAUCUUCUUAAGAGGAGACCCCCAUGGCAGUAUGCCCCGCUUCUUACAAGACACACUAAGCCCCCCUGCUCACUUUCUAUGGGCGCAGGAAACAUCCCCCCCAAAUGGAAGCAAACAAAGCAAACGAAUCAUCUGGCGUAUCACCCAGGCAGACCCCAACACUGCAGCACAAAACUCGGGACUCACUGCAGCAGCAACGGGGGGAGAUUGCGUUGCGGAGACAGCUGGAGGAGAUGCAGCUGUAGGGUGCACAGACAGCUGGGAAGUGGGUGUUGCAGGGAGCGACAGCAGCAGCAAACCCCAACGCGCCACCUUCAAAUGCAUUGAUGAGGAGACGCGUGCAAAGCUAGAAGCGCAGCAGCUAGAACCAGAGGAGUCAGAAGAGGAGCGAACAGUGCCGCAGGGGCCCCCAGUGACGGUUGUUGCUGGAGUAGAGAUGGUCUGUGAGGACCAGCAAGAAGUGCAAGAGAAGUCGGGCAAAUCUUGUGAGGCUCUUAAGAAGAUGCUCAAGUGCGACUUCUUGUUAGCAGAUGCAGGAGUGGAUCUCCCCUCCUUUCUGCCCCCAGACGCAACGCUUGCUCUCGCCUGCCCCCAGACCUGCGGUCUUUGCAAGCAAUGUGCCAGGGGCUGUCCCUUGUGGUUCCUAGGAAACAGACAUUGCGACCAGGCCUGCAACGUCCCGGCAUGUCAGUUCGAUAAGGGAGACUGCGGCAACACGCGCCCGGUUGCUGCAGCACAGCAGCAAGACGCCGAGGCAACAGACGAAGAAGACGAAGAGGAAUUCGUUCCUUUAGGCCCCGACGAACCCCACAAGCAGCAGCAGCAGCAGCAGGAAGAUGAGGAAGAAGACGAAGACGAUCCCGCGACAGCCUGCGAAGACGAUCCCCAAGUCAAGGCUAUGGGAUUUACAUGCAAAGUCCUCUACGCUGUCGCUGAAGGGACCCCUGAGGGCUGCAACAGUCGCCUGCAGGAUCUGCGCCCAGACGAGGCCCUGCCCCCUGGAGUACCGCCCAUCACAAGGGUUAAGGACGCCUGUCCCAAGACGUGCAGAGCUUGCAACGACCCUGACAGACUGCGGCGCCCUGGAUCGCGAGCAGCAGAUUCAGAUUCUUGCCAAGACGAUCCUUUAGUGACGGAGAUGGGCUACAGCUGCAAGCUGCUGCUGGCUGUAGCUGAAGAGGAAGGAGAAGGAUGCGAGGCCCGGCUUAUAGACCUCAAGCCCGAUCAAACGCUGCCACCCGGCAUCCCCCAUCAAACGAGGGUUAAGGAUGCCUGUCCUAAGACGUGCAACGCAUGCGAUGAUCCUACGAGGCUGCAGCGGCCUUCAAACCCUCCUGGGGCUGCAUGUACGGACUUUGAGUUUGUGGGGGAGGCGGGUUCUUCAUGCAAGUUACUGUUGACCCUUGCUCAGUCCCAGGGCCUUGGGGGGUGCUCAGCACCCCUUUCGGCCUUGUUAGAAGAGAAGCAUUGGCCUCAAGGAACCCCAUCUGACAUUACACUCGGCGACGCCUGUCCACACACUUGCGACUACUGCGACGAGUCCGUUCUGGUGCGUAUGCGCCCGCCGGUUGACGAGGAGCCGAGCUGUCUCGGGGGCUGCUGCGACAACAAAAUGGUGGAGCAAGAGACAGGCUACACAUGCCGGCAGAUUAAGGACUUUUUGAACGGCGACUGCUCCGUCGAAUUGGUGUCUCUCUCCAGCACGCCGCUGCCCCCUGAAGUACCCAAAGGGGCAACGUUGCGAGACGCCUGCCCGUACACUUGCGGCGCUUGUCCUGCUCAGCAGUGCGUAGACAAUCCAAUGGUUCAGCAAAUGGGGUACUCCUGCGACAUGCUGAUUGCUGCAGCAGAGGGAAGAGGAGGCUGUGAGGCCCUUUUGUCUUCACUCAGCGGCGAACCGUUACCUGCCGGAGUUCCUCCCACCACCCGAGUCCGCGAUGCAUGUCUCAAGUCCUGCAAUGCUUGUCCUCCUCUCUUUUCUAGCGGUGGAGGGCCGGAAACAGCAACUGCAGCAGGCGGUGCAGCGGCAGCACCAGACUGCUUCGACGACGGCCGUCUCCCUCAGCUGGGGUAUUCUUGCGCAAUGCUUCUUGACUUUGCAAGUAAGGGUUGUGAAACAACUCUGGGGGAGCUGCUGCCCCAGUCCCUCUCUCUACCCCGCCACCUGCACCGCCACGAUAUGAUCAAGGACUUCUGCCCCAAGACGUGCGGGCUCUGCGGAAGCUCUCUUGGGGGUGGAGGGGCCGUAGACGCAGCUGGACGGCGCCGGGGCUGCCGCAACAACCCCAUGGUGGAGAGAGCUGGCCUCAGCUGCGCCCUUCUCGUGAAGGCGUCCCCUCUUGGAUGCAAUGCCAAGCUGGCUGACCUCAGCGACGACCCUCUACCUCCAGGGGUCCCUCCGAGCGCCACCGUGCGCGACGCGUGCAUGCUUGACUGCGGGGGCUGCAUAGAUGUCCCAACGUGCUUUGACGGUUUUCAGAAUGGAGACGAGGAAGGCAUUGACUGCGGAGGCCGUUGCAGGCCUUGCGCUCCCUGUGACCCGUCUCCCCUCAAGGCCCUUGGGGAAGGCGUCAUUCAGGAGGGGAGGGGCACAGCCCAUGGAGCCACGCGCAGACUUUCGUGUAAGGCCGAGUUUGUGCGUGUAGCUGGUAGAAACGGAGAAGAGGACCUGCAGUAUGGAGCUGUACCGGCUCUUUUUGCUGCUCUCUCCUCGGCCCUGCGGGUGCAGCCGCCAGAUGAGUUGCGGUUGCUGGCGGUUGGGCUCGACCGGAGGAACGACAGCAUGAGAGCCUCUGGGGUUUGUGAGGACGACCCUCGUGUUGUAGAAAUGGGGUAUAGCUGCACUAUGAUGGAGGCCUUCUGCGAUUCCAAGCUUCAUGACCUGGCAGCUGCUCAAAAGAAACAGCUGCCCGACUGGCUGCCGAAGGAAGCGAAGGUCAAAGACGCAUGCAGAAAAACUUGCGGCGCUUGUGAUAACCGCCGGCGACUACAGGCUGUCUCGGGGUCUCCUUUGUCCUCCUUACCUUUGUUGAUUGACGCUGGCGUCCUGUGGACUCGGACGGCUGUGCCCUUUUCGAGUUUGCUUACAGAUGACCUCCCGGAGAGGUUCCUGUCUGCCUUGAAACAACAGUUCAUACAGAGGGGAGUGACACUGAUAGAUCCCGCGGACAAGUCCCUUGUUUCAGCCGCCAUGGCCCUAACUUCACGCCCCUUCGCAUUCGCCAUAGAAGGCACCGAACAACGACGGCUACCCAUAGCCCACUGGGAAGGUGGCUUUGGCUCCUACUCGCCAGCAUCUCAUUCUAAAGCUGUCUUCGCAGCUGCUGGGCUGCCUAUACCGUCUUCUCAGGCUGUUGAUCUGCCGCACAUCCUCGAAAAAGACGGAAGGAGGCCGGGGCCUCCUUCCUAUGCUUCAGUAGACUAUUCAUUUGGAGAAGCAGCCCCCGUGAAUCUGCCACUUCCACCUGGGGUAAACGCCUUACGCGGAGCCUGCUUUGACCCCCUGAGCUACCGAUCCGACACCAACAGUUGCUGCAGCCUCCAAGAAGAACUCCAGGUCUUUGUUGAUGGACCUUGUGGAGCGUUGCUGUACGGCCGCCGGCUGACACAGGAGACAGUUGCGGCCUUCUGUGAGAAGCCCGUGGAGGGUCGGUACUGCUGGGCGUCUUUCGUCGCUCGUGUAGAUGCUCACAAACAGCGGAACGGGGCAGCCUGCAGUCUCGUUCAGGCUGUAGAAGCCGUGUUGGAGGCAUGGUGCUACAAGGACCCCACAAACAACCCCUCUAGGUACUGCUUUGCGCAAGUGGAAGAGGCACUGGAAGCUGCUGACCUUCGGUCCUUGGGUUCAAAGACGUCAAGUCAGCUAGAUGAAAUCUGCGGGGAAAAGAGUUGUUUCAGGAGCAAUCUGAGGUACCUUGACAACAUGACAUUGCUCCAAACAUCGUGGCAGCUAAUUCACGCACCGACAGAUGAAGGGAGGCAAGGGGACCUGUCUUCAUCCCUGCCCGAAAUAUCUAAUGCUUUUGAUAGAGUAACUGAAGCAUCUGAAACUCGGCGGCUUGAAGGAGGAUGGGCUAAGAAGGCUGCCACCUCUAGUCAAGGAUUCUAUCAGCACAGUCGCCGAGCUAUGGACGCCCGCGAGAGAGCGCAGCAUCACAUGCAGGCGGCUGUCUCGGCGGCAGCUGUCUUCAGUGGAUUGCAAGAGCAAACUGAGAUGAGCAUCAGAACGCCCCUUGAGAGAAGCCCACGCAAUGAUGGGACAGCCCCCAGAAGGCGCCUAGGCACAUUGUCCCGAUUUCAGGGCCCCCUGACGGAAACUCUAGAGGAAGGGCUUAACCUCGUGUGCACGAAGGUUGAGAACGACUACUGCCAGCAGACGCUCGUCCUUCUCGCCCAAGAAAGCCCAAUAAGAACCCCGUCUCUUCUUUUGGAACCAUGCGCUAGCCGCUGUUUCGUGCCGCUAACGGGGGCCGUUGGGGCGAUAGUGGAGGCGUACGGCGAGAGGUAUCGAGACCCUUGGCACUCCUUACUCGGCUCCGUGAUGAGGGCCUAUGGACGGUUCUACUGCGUUACGAACGAAAGGGGGGACUUCUGCGGGAGGCACUUCUUUGACAGAUACAGAGCAGCAAACCCGCACAAGGUGGCUGCGCAGGGACUGGAGCUGCCACUCCCAGACUGUCAGUGUCCUCACUCCUUCCUUCAAUGCUUUAAGCAAUACGAGACCGCUAGGGGAGUCGGCGGGAGCGGAUGCUGCCUGGGGAUGGGCCUCGACAUUUUAGGGGCCGUAGCAGCGGCUGAGGCAGCGCACCCACUUGGCGAAGUCCCUUGGAAAGUCCGGAGGACGGUGGCCUUCGCAGAGCAAAUAUGCGGGGCUGCUGCGGACAGAACCUGCAGUCUUGGUGAGCCGAGGCCGCUUCUGCAUGUGGAGCUGCGCGUCGUUGGGCUCAACUCCCAGGUCACACUCACAGACGCAGGGAAGGUUGACGAAAUCUUCAGGGCACUCGGCACAGCCCUCACAAGGAAGGUGGGGCUGGUAGAAAGGGAUAUUGCGCGGCAUUUUGCUAGGGCAGACCCACAAGGCUUCACUUUGGAGUUCAUACUCGACGCUGGGAGGGAUCACGCCGCCAGAGUUGCUCAGCUUCUACGGCAGCCAAGUUUGAUAAAGGACGUGGAGGCAACGGCGCUUCGACAGCUCGGCCGUGUAUCUCUCGCAGCCUACCUGGAUCUGAAAAAUGGACUACUAGGAGUAGAAUUCGUCCCGGACUCAUUGGUAGAGGAGCAAAUGACUUCGCCCGCUGCUGGGCUCGGCCCCUUGCCUCCGAAGAGGGGUGACGAAGGGCUUCACGAGUUGCCCUUACAGCUUCCCCCUGAACCAUGUACUGAGGCGUCAUUCGCAUCACUGAGCCCGCGAUAUGUUGCCCUAGAGAUACCACACCUGUCAGACAAGGGCGACCCAGAAGCGGUGGCCGUUGCAUGUGGUCUGGGCUACUUGCCAACACGAGGCCACGGGGAGGAUUCGGAUCGCGCCAUCUGCGACAAUGGAAAGUGGAUCCUUCAGGACGGCCUCGACUGCCGCCGCACCUGCACGGAUCCACCUGACGCUUCGCUGUAUCCAAAAGGAGCGUACACGGUCUCUAAGCCAGAGUGGAGACUGCACGGGCGAUCGGCGCCGCGCUCGUUGCAGGCUGCACCAGAUCGCAGCGUCCCCUCGGUGAAUUCCGGAGAGGCAGCAGUCAGCAAUGAAACGCAUGGUGCCGCCCAUGGCGCUGCCCUGUAUGUGCGAUGCGCAGACGGGUUUGCGGCUGGAAGGGGUCAAGAAGGCUCGUGGCUGACGUGCAUUGACGGUGAAUGGAAACUGCAGAGGCCAACAUUUAGCUGCCAUCGGCUCUGCCCCGAAUUCGAGCAACUAGGAAGUGCCUACGUAGUUACGGGAGAGGGCCAACACCAGGGAGACGAGCGCGAAGUGUCAUGCACCCGAGGCUACUACCCGCAGAGGCGUGUGCAUCGCCUUGUUUGCUCUGACGGCAGCUGGCCGGCCCUUCCAUUCAGCUGCUCUCGAGCAAUGACUCCUGACCUCCGGGAAGGGGUCGGCGGGUUUCAGAAAAUCCUGCAGCAAAUGUUUAGUCGCGAAGGUAUUCUCGGCUUUAUCGCGUUUUCUAUCCUCAUCCUCGCCGCCACUCUCAUUGUAAUCCUUUGUUGGCUUUUCUGCUGCCGCGGCCGAGCGCACCGCCGGCAGCGGGAGAGGGCAGAGGCGUUGCAGGCGCUUAAGCUGGCAGGCGUGCCCAUGAGCGAGUUGGCGGCCGUUGCAAGGGCCAGAUUGUGCAUGCCUACAGGAUCCUCCUGCGCCUCCUUUGUAGAUGAAAGCAACUUCAGUUCGUCCAUUCGUUCUAAUAAAAAACGUGGGAGUCGAAAAACCAGCAGAAGUGACUGCAGUGCAACCAACUGUCAAGAAAUGGUUGACCUCAGCCGCCGCAUACCUGCCCGGCCCCCAGGGGAUGCUGUCGUACCACCCCCAAGUGAGGCGGCGCCGACAGGACGCAGCAGCCAGCGAGACCCAGAUGAAUCGACCCCUGUCCCCGACUGGCUUACUGAGGAGCGCGUCCUGCCUGCACAAGCUGUCCGAAGGGCCACGGAUCCUAGGUGCUAUUCGGCUGCCCCGGCCACCUUGAGCAGCCUCAGCAGCACUCGUGAUUCGUCCAUCCCCCGCAGUAACCCAUGCAACAAUGGAGCAGCCGAUAACUGCCAUCAAGCGGUCCCUUUGCAGGGAAUGGCGCAUGAGGCCUCUUCAGAAACCACUGACGCAGAGAUCGAGCUGAUGCAUAGUCGGGAGGAAGAAGCCGCAAUCGCAUCACUGCAAGAAGCGGCUGCGGUAGAAGAACCCCAGCAGAAUGGUGUGACUCCCACGUAG